AUGCCUCCAAAAGCCGCUACAGAGACUUCGAAAAGCCUGAAAAGACCCGCAUCCGACGUGUCAUCAGACGAUCAGGAAGAGGCAGCGUCGAAAAGACCACGAAGAGGGACGACAAACUAUGAAGCAGGUGCCCAUAGUGAGAAAAAACACGCAAAGACGACAAAGAGUGCGGCCGCAAAGUCGUCUAGGCCCGUAAAAGAAAAAGCUGCACCGCUGAACCCGCUACGACAGCCAGCGCCCAAAGCGCGUCCUCCUCGUCAGCUUUUCGUGUUUGGAAAUGGCGAUUUUGGACAGUUGGGACUCGGUCCUGACGAAACCACCGAGCUCACGAAACCAAAGCUCCAUGCGUGGUGUGCAGAAGCCAUCGAGGAGGGUCGGUUUGGUGAACCUGGUGCCGGUAUCGAAGCAGUUGCUGCUGGUGGAAUGCAUUCACUGAUGUUGGAUGAACAGGGAAAGGUCUGGUCAUGGGGCGUCAAUGACGAUUCUGCGCUUGGAAGACAGACAGAAGGAGUCAAGGAUGCGGAUGGGAACCCAGUGGAUCAAGAAGAGCUCUCUGCCACACCUCAUGUCAUCGAUGCGCUCGUCGAGCAAAAGUUCCGCGCAGUCGUCGUGGUUGCAGGAGAUUGCACUGGUGCUGCCUUGAGUGACAAGGGUGAACUGCGCAUAUGGGGUACUUUCAGGAGUCCAGAAGGCCAGAAAGCCUUUUCUUCAACAGAAAAAGCAAAGGAUGGUGCAGCGAGAGCUGCAGGAGCAUCGGAAACGCUCCAUCCCGUCGCGCUUCCCGGCUUCAAGAGCAUUCAGAUUGCGGCCAUCUCUGCCGGUGCCAACCAUGUCAUAGCCUUGACUACAGACGGUCUCGUAUAUGGAUGGGGCUCAUCGGAGCAAGGCCAGAUUGGCCGUAAGGUCGUCUCACGCCAUCGCAAGAACGGCAUGGAACCCGAACGUCUCGAUAUCCGCGAGGCAGUCGUCGUGGGGACAGGCGACUACCAUUCCUUUGCUGUGGACAAGUCUGGAACCGUCUGGGCCUGGGGCUUGAACAGCUGGGGCCAACUUGGAUUCAAGAGCGCCGCAAAUGUUACAGAUUCUGUCCACUAUACCGUUGAGGAUGUCCCAUCCCUUCACCCUGACGUUACCGGGUCAAGGGUGGUUCAAAUUGCUGGUGGCGAACACCAUACCCUCUUCAGACUAGAGGACGGGCGGGUGUUCGCCGUUGGAAGAAACGACGGUGGCCAACUGGGCGUGGGACCGGAUCACCCGAGUAUCCUCGCGGAUCCAGAUGCAAAAGGGAUGGCCACCUUUGAACCGGUUCAGGUGCCCAUCCAGGGCUUUGUCACCGACAUCCAAGCAGGCCCGCGCUACAACCUCGCCUUGACGGAUACCGGUAUUCUCUUUAGCUGGGGUCAAGGCAACCUGGGUAUUUCGCGUGACGUAUCCGAGACGUCGAGUCCUACCUUGAUCGCAGGACGCGAGAGUUCAGUUUGGAAGUGCCUCGGUAUGACCUGUGGAGGUCAACACAGCUUCAUCAUUGUCAGCAAAAAGGAGCCAGACGAGGAAUUGACAGUGGCCUCUCCUGCUCCUGUCAUUGCGGACGCAGCUGUUAAUGGUGUUCACUAG